AUGGCUCCUCAAAAACCUUCAAGCUGCAAACAUUCCAAGAAGAAACAAGAUCCAGCUCUCUCCCCUGUGCACGAUUUAAAAGGACCAAUGACUAUUGGAAAUCAACAGUAUGUUCCUCAACCUCCAAAUGAGAAAGAAAAAGAAUGCAUCUAUAAAUCCCAGGAUCAGACCAAAAAAGCCGUGAGGAUUCCUGCCAAGAAAACUUCUGUCGAAGCGUCGCCAAGUGCUGCUAAGAAACAUUCGACAAAGGUAAGUCAAAAACCCCCAUCAGUCCAAAAGAGAAAGAGUGAAGAGGAGAAAGAAGAGGAUAAUGUUCCUAAUGAAGAAUCUGGUGACGAAUCUCCAGAGCUAAUCCCCCCUCCUCAGAAGAAGAAGAAACUCACAAAGAAACAAGUGGCUGUCGAAAGAACACCUGAGAAAAUUCUGGAGGAAACAGUCAAAGAAGAAGAUAUCCCCAUAAGUGAUCAUGACAGGCAAAUUGUAGCAGAAUUCGACGCUACAAUGGGUGAAGCUUCUGAAGACGAAUCUCCUCCUCAUCCAGGAUUAGAUGUUGCAACUCAGGGUGAUGAUACUGACAUGGAAGCUGGAGUCGAAAUUGAUCAUGAAAACGAAACUGCCAAAGAUGGGGGAGACCAGUCGAAACAAACAGAGGCUGAGCAAACUUUAGAGCGAAACACUCCAUCUGCUCCUGAUCAGACCCCAGGAAGCGGCAAAUCAACUGGUUCGACUAGUUUCUCUCGCGAGGAGCUUGGAAAUCUUAAAGUGUAG